UACCUAGUUACCUUCCCUCCCGAACCUCUCAAUUGUAUCCAUUUUUUAAAGCUUACGCCGCCCCCCCCCCCCCCCCCCACCCCCCAAAAACCCCCCCCCCCCCCAAAAAAAAAAAAACUAUCCUCAAAAGAUUUUAAAGCAUAACUUGUCUCCUUUUGCUUCAUCUUCCAAAUAAGAUGGAGAACAUCAGUGAAGACUACAAUAAUUAUUGGGAAACAACCAUGUUCUUACAAUCGGAAGAACUCGAUAGCUACUUCGACGAGGCAAUCUCUUCAUACUAUGAUUCAAGUUCGCCAGAUGGGGCACAGUCAUCGAUGGCAUCCAAGAACAUUGUGUCAGAAAGGAACAGAAGGAAAAAGGUCAAUGAGAGGCUAUUUGCACUUAGAGCUGUGGUCCCAAACAUAAGCAAGAUGGAUAAAGCCUCAAUAAUCAAAGAUGCAAUUGAUUAUAUUCAAAAUUUGCACGAACAAGAGAGAAGAAUUCGAGCAGAGAUAUUAGUGCUGGAAUCUGGAAGGUCAAAGAAGAAUAGCGAUGUUGAAUUUGAUCAGGAUGGGAGCUUUGAUUCAAAGGCAAAAAGAUCAAAAAGACUUGAGCAAAAGUAUGAAUAUGAUUCUUCUGGAUCAACUACAAGAUCAUCACCAUCCUCUUUCCCUGUUGAUGUUCUUGAGUUGAGGGUAUCUUCAAUGGGAGAGAAUACAGUGGUGGUGAGCCUCACUUGCAGCAAAAGAACAGACACAAUGAUAAAAGUGUGUGAAGUCUUUGAAUCUUUGAAUAUCAAAAUAAUUAGCGCAAAUAUCACCGCUUUCUCUGGGAGGCUUCUCAAGACAGCUUUCAUUGAGUAAUCAAAUUUAAAGGGAUGAAAGUUUAGGAAGUCAAGAUUCAGAGACUCACAAUGGGGUAAUCGAUGGAUUGUUGGAGCCCCGAUGGACUGCUGGACUUCCUAUUCGAGCUGCGAUGGACCUCCGGACUGCCCAUCGCCAUAAAGCAGAAUAGUAGAUAACCUAGAGAUGGGUGACUUCCUAAAUGAUGGAUGAUCAAGGCUGCGACGGACUGUGACCUUGGUCGUUAGUGUCAACCAGAAUGUAUGGACUACCAAGAGUUGGUGACAAGAAAGGCGACGGUACAUUGUACCAGCAACAAACUAGUUCCAAGGGUGUCGAUGAUUUCCAUACGACAUUCACUUACUGGAUAAGCAAUAACGAUUUAGGGUUAAAAUAUCCAUCUUUCUAGUUGUUGAAAUUGUAAUGUAAGUUUGGCUGAGAAACAAGUUUCGGGUUAGAAAACACAUAAUUUGUGGUUGUGAAUUUGGAUUUCGAAUUCAAAUUUCUUUUCAUUGUAAGUAUACCCUGCAAUUUAUGAAAUAAAGCUUUUCAUCUAAUUUCU